GCUCUUCUGAUGACGUCAGUCACAUGACCACGUGGAUGUGAUAUGGUUUAUGGAUCCUGUCAAAGGCCCAAACAAGCAUAUUGCACUCAUCAAAUACAUUUUCACGUUGAGUUCACACUCAGUGAGAUUACCUUUCGCGAUUCAUAGCUUGGCAACAUCAUGUCGUGGGUGAAAUUAGUGGCGUCUAGCGAGGAUGUGUUCGACGAGGAUGUGGAUGAUAUAAGUCUGCAGAACAAAGAAUGGAAAUACAACAUGGAAAAACGCGCAAAGGAUGGUUUCAGAGAUGGCAGUGAUGCAGGGAAAGAAGCGUCUCUACAAACUGGUUUCAACAUGGGCUACACGGAAGGAGCCGCUAAAAUGACAGUCUUCGGUCAACUUAAAGGAAUCAUGAGUGCUGUUCGAUGCUGGUGUCAGGUUCAGCUGCCCGGAAGCCCGGCUUUAGCAUCAGUUACUGAUCUGCUACAGAGAUUGGAGACGCAUGAGGAUGAACUGGUGGAGGACAUGAGGAAAGCCCAGCAGGGGCCUCCACCUAGCAUGACUGAGAUGGUGGAUGAAAUGGAGGACCUAAAUGUCGAGCAAAGGAACCGAGGAGGAGCGAAUAAUGACUGCUGUGGAAAAGUUGGAGGCGCGAGUGAAGAUUCACCAAGAACUCUUUGCCAGCAUUCUUUCUCUACUGGAGAGAGUCUGAGACAUCUGCUGAAGUGCUGCUUGGACGUAGUAACAGAACUGGGGCUCCCUGAAGAAAUAAAACUUCACAUUCAGCAGCUCAUAGACACUUGAAGUGGAACCACUGCAGCAGAGUAUCUGAAUAACAUCCUGUGUGGGCAGGAAACAACAAGCAAAUUCCUGGAAAGAAAAUAGCCUGUGCAUUAUUUGACUCAGAUUGAUUUGUGUAUUUAAGGAGAUUGUUUUUUUUAAUCAUUCAAUUGCUGUGAUUUCAAUUGAACUGCAGUUUUGCUGGAUUGUACUGCAACACUGUACUUUUUAAUACCCUUUUAUAUUAUAAAUGAUCUGAUGUAAAGUUUCAAAAUGAAAAUGAAUUCUUUCCAGUCAACCUCCAUCCAUUUAUUUGUUUUUAUUUAAAAAAAAUUUCACACAUUUACCAUUGUACCAUUUACCACCAAAUAAAAGCUAUAUAUUUAAUCAA